AGAAAAGCGAAACCUCAAACAUGUCGGUCCUCCAUUGAGUGUACCUAUAGUUCUAUCAUUUCUAUCAUUUCUAUCAUGACAGUGACCGGUAUAACGCCGUGACCGUGUAAUUUAGCUACAGACGGCUCGACGCAUCGCACUGCGAGAUGGAAACUCUGAUCCCGAUUAUUAACAGACUGCAGGAGGUUUUCCUCACAGUUGGAGCUGAGAUCAUCCAGCUUCCUCAGAUCGUAGUCGUAGGAUCACAGAGCAGCGGAAAGAGCUCAGUGUUGGAGAGUUUGGUUGGACGAGACUUCCUGCCUCGGGGUUCAGGAAUAGUCACACGGCGCCCUCUAGUGCUACAGCUAGUGAACGUGCACCCUCUGCAGGAGAGAUGCAAACAAGAAAAUGGCAACGGGGCUAAACCAAACUCUAAAAACAGCUAUCCAGGAAUCAAAGCAGAAGAAUGGGGCACCUUCCUUCACUGCAAAAACCAGAUUUUCACAGAUUUUAAUGAAAUACGGAAGGAGAUUGAGGAGGAAACCAAUCGCAGUACUAACAAUAAGGGCAUCAGUUCAGAGCCCAUUUACCUGAAGAUCUAUUCCCCUAAUGUGCUCUGUCUGACUUUGGUGGACUUGCCCGGUAUUACUAAGGUCCCAGUUGGUGACCAGCCUGAAGACAUCGAGACUCAAGUUCAGGAGAUGAUUCUGUCCUACAUCUCCAACCCCAACUCCCUCAUCCUGUGUGUGUCUCCUGCAAACUCUGAUCUGGCCACGUCUGAUGCCCUUAAACUGGCACGAGAGGUGGACCCAGAUGGUCGUAGGACGCUGCUGGUAAUUAGUAAGCUGGAUUUGAUGGACGCGGGGACAGAUGCUCUGGAAGUUCUCCUGGGUCGGGUCAUACCUGUCAGACUGGGCAUUAUUGGUGUGGUUAACAGGGUUUUAAGGUUUGUUGAUAUGACAUCGUCAUGGCAACGAAGUUGUAAAAUUGGCUAUAACUUUAAACAGAAAAGGAGUCAACAUGACUUGAACACCCAAAAGAGUCUCGUCGACUCCUGCAAAGACGAGCAGGCAUUUCUGCAGCGGCAUUACCCAUCAUUAGCCUCCCGCUGCGGCUCGCGAUACCUGGCUCGUAUCCUGAGUCGACUGCUCAUGCAUCACAUCAGAGACUGUCUUCCGGAGCUCAAGACUCGAGUCACGGUGUUGACUGCACAGUACCAGACCCGACUCAACAGCUACGGGCAGCCUGUGGAAGACCACAGUGCCACCUUGCUGCAGAUUGUCACCAAGUUUGCCACCGACUACUGUAACACCAUUGAAGGCACUGCCAGACACAUACAGACAACUGAACUGUGUGGUGGAGCUCGUAUCUGUUACAUUUUCCAUGAGACAUUUGGAAGAACCCUGCAGUCCAUUGAUCCUCUGGGAGGACUCACUGAACUAGAUAUCCUCACAGCUAUCAGAAAUGCCACGGGUCCUCGGCCAGCACUGUUUGUUCCUGAAGUGAGUUUUGAGCUACUGGUGAAGAAACAGAUCAAGAGACUAGAGGAGCCCAGCCUGCGCUGUGUGGAGCUCGUACAUGAAGAACUGCAGAGAAUCAUUCAACACUGCUCUGCCUACAGCACACAGGAGCUUUUGCGGUUUCCCAAACUGCAUGACUCAAUAGUGGAGGUGGUGACCAGUUUACUCAGAAAAAGCCUGCCAAUUACAAAUGACAUGGUUCAAAAUCUGGUUGCAAUUGAGUUGGCCUAUAUAAACACCAAACACCCUGAUUUCACUGAUGCUGCCCAAGUGUCUGCAUCUGUCAACAGCCAGCAGGCGGAGGCUGGUGAUGCAGGCAAGCGAUGGAAGAAUGAGACAUUGUCAUCAGAAGAGAAAGGCCCUGUGCCCGGAUUUGGGAGCCCCAGCAAAACUGUCAACCUGCUCGAUACGGCUGUGCCAGUAUCCCGCAAACUGAGCGCUCGUGAGCAGAGAGACUGUGAGAUCAUCCAGCGACUCAUCAAAUGCUACUUCCUGAUCGUGCGCAAGAGCAUCCAGGACAGUGUGCCAAAGACGGUGAUGCAUUUCCUGGUGAAUUUUGUGAAAGAGCAUCUGCAGAGUGAGUUGGUGGGUCAGCUGUACAAACAGCCUCUGCUGCAGGAGCUCCUCAUUGAAUCUCAGGAAACAGCGCAGCAGCGCACAGAGGUCGCACAGAUGCUGGAGGCACUGAAGAAAGCCAGUAACAUUAUCUCAGAGAUCCGCGAGACUCAUCUUUGCUAGCCAAACGUUCUCAUGAACAUUGUGUCAGGACACUGUUUACAUGUUUGUGUGUGUGCUGUAUGUGCUGUAUGUGCUGUAUGUGCUUUGUGUGAGUGCGAGCGUGUAUGAAAUCGAUCAAAUACAUAAUAUCUGAAGGAGUUCAAUGCCUCUGCCAGCAUGAACAUUCAAGAAAAUAUUUUAUUUGUGUACAGUUUUUCAGUUGCUCCUUAUUUCCACUGUAUAUGCACAGAAUUCCAUUGUGCGUGUGUGUCUGUGUGUUUGUGCCCAGGUAUGAACAUAUCAUUUCCACGUCAAUUUCUUCAACUUCAUAAAAGUUUGGUUGUGGUUUUUGGACGUUGCAAUAACUACUUUCAUUUAACGUUAUCAAAACUUAGGAAUGUCUCAAGAUACUACUAUCAAUAUCCCAAAAACAGUUGUAUACCAAAUCAAGCUCAAUAGACCUUAGUCAGGGUUUAUAUUUAAUGUGACGAAAACGCCUGGAACACAACAGUAUGAAAUUGUCCCUCAUGGUCUCGUUUUCGUCCAAUUAAAUGUUGAGUCUACUCUGACUUAGGCUGAUACUGUUACUCAUGCAAUCUCAUACACUCAAAUGACUGAUUAAAUUAAUAUGUUGUAAAUUAAAGAUGAUGUCAUUUUAUGUGUAUUCAGCGUAAACAGUAAGUUUGAUCAUGCUGAAAAAACUUCUUGUUUUAUUAGGCAUAUGCAGCCCUAAAUAUGUGGAAAAAAGUAUGCAUGUUUGAAAGGUUGCACACUACAGAAGAACUUCGUUAUGUCAUUUCACAUAGCCAAUAUGGGCUCAGAACAAAGCUAAGGCAGGAAAUACGUAAUGUAAGUUAGACUCAAAGCUAUUAUAAUGUUACAGUAUAUGAUAACUGAUGAUACAACCUGUGACUGAUAUCUAGUGCAAAUAAAUGGUUGUGUAGUGUAGAUCGCCAUAGAACAAAGAGCCUUUCUUGAUAGCUGUGUUAUGAAACACUUCAAAUCUCACUCAGAUGUGCUGGAGAAUUGACUGCCAUGUAAUAUUUAUGCAUGUUUGAAUAUUUAUUGUGAGAGUGUGGCUGUUUCAGAGAAGGUCAAAUGAGGUAGAAGAAAUGAAACAUUCCAUCUGAAUCACUGCUUGAUACCCUGAACACUAAGAAGUAUUGGCCAGUGUUCAGUGUUGAAUAUAAAUGGUCAUGCAGAAUUCAAGUUAAAAAUGAAAAUCGGUCUUGUAGUAUAUUUGUUCGUUGUUGUGGUUGUAAUUCCAACAUCACUAAGUAUUUCAUUUAUUUCAUUUGUUGGGUUGAACUUUAACUUUUGGCUGUUUGCCAUUAGUUAUUUCAAGUCUUGAUUGAUUGGAUUGAUAUCUGGUUAAAUGUGAUCUAUAGUUCCUACACUAUAUGCAAAUAUAAUGGAGAUCACCUCUGUGAUGAUGUUAAUGCUAGGUAGCAACAUUUUGCUGCACAUGAUGUGGCUCAUGAAAGUUAAAAUCAGGAGGUGAUUCGAAGAUUGCCAUGCAAGUCAACAGCUGUCAUGUUCCCCACUGCCUUGUCAUCGUUGGGCUCUCAAACUUGUUCUGUAUGCUGGUGUAGUUUAGUUUGAGAGGAGUAAAGUUUACGGAUGUGGCCUGAAAAACCAGAUGCACCUACACUUGGUUGAGUCACGUUAAGCAAUUUCAAAUAAUCGGUUUCGGCUCAAUUGGAGGGCACUUACACUUGGGGUCCUAUUUUAAGAGUGCUAAGCCAUAUGCAUAGGGCUAUGCAAUACAUCAUAUGUGCAAAGUGAGUGGGCAUGGCCACAAAGUUUUUAUAUUUUUAUGCAAGCAUACGCUACAUCUAGGCGCAAGUGGGUUUGGUGAAAUUGCGCGUGCAAAGCUCUAACGGGCUGGGUCAAGUGCUAUUAAGUCUGAGGUUCUUGUCAUGUUAUUGCAUUAUCUGUGUACUGUUAUAUAUGCCAUUUUCUGUUAAGCAACACUGGGCUGUAUGCAAUGGAUCCCCUGCUUUGUGACUGUGUUGUCGCCUGUGCUGCUCCGGACUGUGAUGCAUGUGUGAUAUGUUCUCUGUCAGCCUCUCUGGGACCAUUGGUUCUCGUCCUGCUCGCCCACGUCUCACCUCCUUGAAAUAUGCUUUGCUUCUUUCCCAUUGUUAAUUGUUUUUAAAUGUAUAUUUUGGAAAGGUGCUAUACAAAAUAAACAUUAUUAUUAUUAUUAAUCAUUUUUAUCUACUGAAACAAAUCAUGGCUAGUAUUAAAAGUGGUCUAAAGCUCUUUGAUAUCUGGUGGUGGAAUCUCCAAACUGCACAUGCAGGAACUGAGUUUAGACUGCGCAGAAAUUAGACGUGGUUCUCAAACGUCUUAACGCAAUGACCUAUUUCUCAGUAAAAUAGCAAAUUGCACUUUGCGCCACUUGAUUUACAUGCAGUACAUCCACUGUUUGCAUGAAUACACCCAUAGAUAGAGCAAGCACACCCAUCCACUCCCACUUGCGCUAAUAUAUAUAUAUAUAUAUAAAAUAUUAUUAUUAUUAUUUUAUUCCUGUUCCUCCAUGGCCUACCCUGGAGAAAUCGACAGUUAGAACGGCUUGGUUCAACAGCUGCCUUAAGAGGUGAAAUAAAAACAAUCACUGAUACCUGUGGGGAUUUGCUGUAUCUAAAUCUUUCAUCGUUGAAAAUAUUCAUCCAUAUUUUUAUCCUCAAUUAAAUGCAUAUUUUUUUAUUUUGAUUAGAUAAUCAAGUGUUCUAAAUUGAAUGAAAGGCAUGCAAAGUAAACUGUGAUUCAAAUCUUAUUUUUUUUUCUGGUUAUUAAUGGGAUUUUGGUUGCACAAUACACUGCAUCUAGGAUUUUAUUAUUUUAGACUCUUGAAGCCUCUAUGUCUGUGCCCAACAUAGCACAGUUAUAUAUUUCAGUGGAGUCACGUUACCCUUUAAGGAUGUAGUGUAGUGUAGAGGUGCUCAAAAUUUUAAGAUGUUCAUUUACAGUAACUUGUUAGACUGUUUGAGUGAUUUUUAACAUUGAAACACUCCAGAAGCUGGUAGAUUUAUGAAAUCUGCACAUCAACACUGACCACAAAUAAUCUCCAAUAUACAGGUUAAUCUCAUGAAACCUGUCAAGAACAUGUCAGGGUCAAAUUUUACCCCAAAAUCAAAGAAAAAACAGGACAUUUUAUUUUGUAUUAAGAAAAGGAAGACUUUUUAUUAGGACCAUUUUUUGUUUUGCAAUGUUAUUUUCAUAAUAAUUUGGCACAUUUCCCCUACAAAUUCUCAAUAACUGAUUGUUAGACACUUUUGGUAAUUAUUACUAUUUUCAAUAAUGAUUCUCAUUAGGUUUCGAUUACUGUUAAACCAUAUUUAUUGCAGUAAAAAAUAUAUAUAUAUAUUAAAAUUUUUUUUUAUUAAAUUCAGCAUAAAGGCACAACAGAUAGUACCAUGAUGUAACAUGUUGUACCAGAUGUUAACAAAUGGAACGUAAUUGUAAAGUGUUACCCUUUCAUUUAAUUUUGGAGCUAAAUAUGACCCAGAAAUGUUCUUGGCAGGUUUCACAAGAUUCAUCUACCUUUAAAAUAUCUAUUCCCUUAAAUCCAUUGACAUCUUCAUUAUCUGUGUGUUGUGCAUUCUCCCAUAGUAAGCAAGUGUGAAAAGACAAAGGUGUAUUUUAAUUAUAUAAAAACUAAUUGAGCUUUCCUUUUGAGCAUGCAUUUGCAUCCAUGUGUUUGUGUGAGAGUAAUUUUAUGUUUGAGAGUUUGUCUUGAAACGUGCCAAUUAGAAAAAUGCCUUGAAGCACCUGUCUGCCAUUUUAUUUUUGUUAUACAUGUUGAUGUACCAUUUGCUGUUCAGAACAUCAUUAAAAUCAAGUGAUAAUCUG